CAGCUGGACUGGAGGGAGUCUAAAGGAGAGGAGGAGAUCAGUGUCUACAGAUCAGAGAGGAGGAGACACACUGUCCACCUUCACAGAGAGAGCAAGGUCUCCUCUCCAGACUGUGUAGGGGUGGAGGAGGGGAGGAGGAGUCAUGGUAACCAUGGCUACCAGACGCGUGCGGCUGUGGAGGAGACGAGUCGUCACAGCGCUGAGAUUGCUGAUGAUGACGACAACAACAGCAUCUCAGAGGGAGAGGUCGAUGUGCAUCAUAACCCUGUGAAUGGGAACUCUUCAGAGGAGGAGAAGGAGGAAGAAGAGAAGGAGCCCUGGCCUGAAGACCACAGCAGCUCCAGUGACUACUCCAGUGACUACUCUGACUGGACAGCAGAUGCAGGGAUCAACCUGGAACCACCGAAGAAGAGCGUGAAGGUGAAAAAGAAGAGCAGCAGCUCUGAGGAGGAUGGAGAGAAGAAGAGAGAGGGAAAAAGAGACAGGAAGAAAGACAAAGCAGACAAAGAUGGAGUGCUACCAAAGAAGAAGAAGCCAAAGGAGAGGAGGAAGAGGGUGGAGUUUCAGGAAGAGGGGCUAACUCUAGAGGAGUGGCUUCCGUCAGCCUGGAUCACAGACACAGUCCCUCGGAGAUGUCCCUAUAUACCACAGAUGGGAGACGAGGUGUACUACUUCCGUCAGGGUCAUGAGGCGUAUGUAGAGAUGACCAAACAGAACAAGAUCUACAGCAUCAACCCUAAGAAACAACCCUGGCACAAGAUGGAGCUACGGGAGCAGGAGCUGGUGAAGAUAGUAGGGCUAAAAUAUGAGGUUGGUCUCCCCUCUCUCUGCUGCCUGAAACUGGCCUUCCUGGAUCCUGAUACUGGCAAGCUGACUGGAGGAUCCUUCUCCAUGAAGUACCACGACAUGCCUGACGUGAUUGACUUCCUGGUUCUGCGGCAGCAGUUUGAUGAUGCGAGAGACCACCACUGGACCAUAGGUCAGUUCAGGUUAGUGAUAGAUGAUACCUGGUGGUUCGGGACCAUUGAGGACCAGGAGCCCUUCCAACCAGAGUACCCAGACAGCCUGUUCCAAUGCUACAACGUCUGCUGGGAUAACGGCGACACAGAGAAGAUGAGUCCCUGGGACAUGGAGCCUAUCCCCAACGAGGUAGUGUUUCCAGAGGAGCUGGGUCAGAGCGUUCCUCUCACGGAGGAGGAGCAGAGAGAGCUGCUGUAUGUUCCCCUGGAGGGGGAGUGGGGCGCCGCCACGCGGAACCACGAGUGUCAACGCAUCAUCAACGCCAUCGACCAGCUCACCACACUCGAUGUAGCUGUACCGUUUGCCUUCCCAGUAGAUCUCCAGGCGUAUCCUUCCUACUGUACUGUAGUAGCCUACCUCACGGACCUCAGCACCAUACGGUGCAGGCUGGAGAACCGCUUCUACAGGCGUAUGUCAUCGUUGAUGUGGGAGGUGCGUUAUAUUGAACACAACGCUCAAACCUUUAAUGAAACUGGAGCCUUCAUCGUUAAAACGGCCAAGUUCGUCUCUGACCUCAUGCUCAGCUUCAUCAAGGACCCCACUAUGACUGACAUUAUUCCUCUCUACAACACCAUGAAGAAGACUGCUUUCUCUGACACAGAGGAUGAGGAUGAUGAAGAUGAGGAUGAAGAUACGGACACUCCUGGAACGUCCACACGAAACAGGAAGGGUCGUGGUGUCGGUCUGCAGCAGCUGCAGCGUGGCGGUGGUGUACGGAGAGGCCGGCCCUUAGACCCCCAGGCCUGGCGGGGGCGCAGCAAGGAACUGAUAGACCUGCUCUUCCAGUGCGAAGACUCAGAACCCUUCAGACAACCUGUCGACCUGGAACAGUACCCCGACUAUCUGGACAUCGUGGACACCCCCAUGGACUUCCGGACGGUCAGGGCGAUGCUAAGAUCGGGGGAGUACACCACUCCUCUGGAGCUCUGCCAGGACAUACGGCUCAUCUUCAGCAACUCUAAAGCUUACACACCCAGCAAGAAGUCCCGGAUCUACAGUAUGAGUCUGCGUCUGUCUGCCUUGUUUGAGGAACAUGUCAACUCCAUCCUGGCUGACUACAAAGCCAUCCAUGGACAGACGGACAGAAAGACGAGACAUAGAGCAGACAGACAGACCAGACACGUGGCGGACAGACAAACCGACAGACAGACCAGACACGUGGUGGAC